UUUGAAGGCCUUAGAAUCCCAGGGGCUUCGGAAAGCCUCAGGCCCAGCCUCAGCCUCGGGGGCCACUGGUACUGUGGAGUUCUGACUCUUUCUGAGGGCCUCAGGGAAGGUCGAACAGUGGGAGAAGGUUUAUUGUCAUUGGUGAAUGUUCAUUUGUUUUCUGUCAUAUAAUGAUUGUCUUGCUUUGGCCCCUUCUCUUUGAGUCCUGCCUUCCCACAUGAUUUAUGCCAGUGUGGUUAGUACGUAAUUUCUUGUUUAUUUAUCUCUAGAAAAGCUUUGUCGCUUCACAAGUGUUUCUGUGGGAAAAUAUAUUUGUUAUUGUUGAAUUAAGAAUUAUAUUUGUGUAUGUUAAAGAAAAUAUAAAUGUUAUUAUCGAAUUGGGAGUUAUAUGGCUUUGGAUAGGGGAAUUGGGGGGCUUUUCAGAAGUGACGUCUUUGGUACCCAUGCACAAUGGUGUUGCUCCUUUAAGAGCAGCAUGUACUGGGUGGGUGUGGUCGAGCGAGAGAGAGCGUUGCAGAGAGAGGCAAGGCAAGGCAAGUCUAUUUAUAUAGCACAUUUCAUACACCGUGGUAAUACAAUGUGUUUCACAUAAAACACAAGCAAAGCAAAAGGUCAGUUCCUGAUCAUAAAAACAGUCAAUGAUAGGAAAUAAAAGCAUGAGAACAUCAAGGCAUAAAACAGUAAAAGAUAGGAAAUAAAAGCAUAAAAUAGAAUAUUAAAAAUCAUGAGUCUACUACACUAAGCAAUAAUGCUUCAAGGAACUGUUUAUAGCCAGUUAGCAGAAGGCAUCUGAGAAAAGUUUGGUCUUAAGUCUAGAUUUAAAACUGGGAUUAGUUGAAGCGUUUUUGAUGUCUUCUGGAAGUUGGUUCUAGAGGUGAACCGCAUAGUGGCUGAGUGCUGCUUCACCCUGUUGUUUAGUUUGGACAGUAGGUUUUACUGAUAGAUAUUUCUACUAUUCAGAGAGAACGGGAAUGUAUACGAACAGUUUGGAUGUAGCGAGAAAAGUUAUGUUGCUCUAACAUUGAACCAGUGUGGAGAAUAAAUCGUCAGAAAGAAUCAGUUGCCAUUUAUUUACUCAUCAGCUGCAGAGGGAAAGGCAAGGGAGUAGUUAAGAACACUCUGGCCCUGGAGCAGUGAACAGUCUCCCCUGUAAUCCGACUAUGGUCAGAGACAGACAAACAGACAGAUAAGAGCAGGAAAGAUUAACAAUCGAUACGGAGCUCUGUCUGGAAGUGCUUCACGUUCUCGACACAAGCUUCGAUGCCUCGGUGUCAACGGUGAAAGGCACUGACACCAGAUGAACGAUUUAUCAUGAGUGACAGUCAGAACACCGAAGAAACUGAUGAACUUAAGCAGGGAGAUAGUAAUGAGUGUCGGGCGAACAAGCGUCCACGCUCGGAGUGUUUGGACGUUGUGCCACCCAUAACACAACAGAGAGAUCACUGCACUGCUGGACCAGGCAAUGUGCCCUGUUCAGUUUGCCCAAAGAGUGCCUACAAGUCCUGUCUGACCUGCUCUGCCUCUUUCUGUGGGAUCCAUGUGAGGCAGCACUACACAACUCCAGCUCUUCAGGGGCAUAAGCUGGUGGAGGCCACUGGAGACCUGGAACAGAGACUAUGCCAACAGCACUACAGAGCGCUGGAGUUAUUUUGCAAGACUAACCAGACCCCAAUCUGUGUGUUAUGUGUUGCAAAGCAACACAGAGGGCAUGACAUAACAGAACUCGAAGAAAAACAGAGUCGUCAGAUGAAGGAAUCUGAAAUGGCACCCAACAAAAAUGUUCUUGUGCCAAAGGAACUGACCGUGAACGAAGUGACCACAUCAUCAGCUCACCUUAGCUGGACUCUGCCAUAUGAGAUGGACCUGACUUCUCAUAGUUUCCUCAUAUCUUACUCUAGUGAAGGGAAAGAUGAAGAGUUCAUCUCCACUUCCUCGUGCAGCACAGUCAUCACAGGCUUACAACCAGACACACACUACACUGUCAAUGUCUCCGUUGGGUGCCACAGUGGAAUUUGCCAGCCUGCUUCAAUUCCCAUCCAUACUAGCCUUGUACAUGGAAAACCUAAUGGCUCGGACAUGGCCAUAAACAAUUCCAGCCAAUCAACACAGUUGUCCAGGGGCACGAAGGGAGAUCUCCCUACUCCUGGGCAAAUCAAGAUCAAGUCCGUGGCACAUGAUGCUGUGUCUCUGAGCUGGGAACCUCCUGAAGGACUGACUGAGUCUCUGAGAUUCAGAGUCACCUGGAAGUGUGAAAGCACAGGAAAACUGCUCUGUUCUGAAGUGCCAGUUCCAAAUAUCUGCAUUCAAGGCCUCACUCCAGAAGUGAAAUAUGAAUUUACUGUAGCCACCAUCAAUGACAGUCGUGGACAAAGUACCAAAGUAGUUUCAACAGCUCAAACAACAGAAAUUCCUGUGCCAAAGAAACUGACCGUGUACGAAGUGACCCCAACAUCAGCUCUCCUUUUCUGGGCUCUGCCUUAUAACAUGGACCUGACUCGUCAUAAAUUCCUCAUAUCAUACUCUAGUGCAGGGAAAGGUCAAACAUGUAUCUCCACUCCCUGGAAUAACAUAGUCAUCACAGGUUUACAACCAGACACAGACUACACUGUCAGGGUCUCUGUUGUGUGCCACAGUGGAACUUUCCAGCCUGCUUCAACUACCUUCCAUACGAACUCAUGGGAAAAUCUGACCUUGGCAGAUGGUGAUGAGAGACCUUCUAAGGACAAGGAACCCUCCACCACCUCUACCUCUGAAGAUCCAGAUCCUCCUCACAUCAGGAGAAGAGACAAUACGGAUUUAGGGCCUCCAAACAGGACGACAUAUUACACUCUUGCUCCUGGAAAGUCGGCAGAAUGCUCUCGGGAUAUCGAAACAUGGCUCAAACCUCUAACUAAGGCGAAAUCGGCACAGAGUUGUGAUAUGAUCCUGGCUCUCUGCCUGGUUGUGUCUCGAGUUGGAACAGAUGUUGAAACAGCACUGAAAGACAUCCCUGAUGACAAGCCGACCAUUCUGGUGGUUCUGCACCAUACCCUUGAUCCUGAUUGUGUAGUACCAGACAGCAGUAGGUUUACCAAAAAGGAGGACAUGCUCAUUGUGGACUGUCUGUUUAAUGAGGAUGAUGGAUUAUUGAGAUGUGAAAGAAAUGGCAUUUCACAAUCCACAAUGUUGAAAUGGAUCGACACAAAGGUUUCUUGUUCUAAAGUGAGCCUACGUGGUAAAACCUUCCAAGAAGUAAGACAGCAGGAUGGUCAAGCAAAGUUUGCAGAACUCCCUCCUCCUGGGCCAAUCAAGAUCACGUCUGUGGCACAUGACGCUGUGUCUCUGAGCUGGGAGCCUCCUCAAGGACUGACUAAAUCUAUGAGAUUCAGAGUCACCUGGAAAAGUCAAAGAACAGGAGAUCUGCUCAGUUCUGAAGUGUCAGUUGCAAAUCUUCCUAUUCAAGGCCUCACUCCAGGAGUGAAAUAUGAAUUUACUGUAGUCACCAUCAAUGAUAGUGGUGGGCAAAGUAAGAGUGUUUCAACAACCCAUGCAACAGGACUUGUAAAUGGGAAACAUAGUGGCUCAGACAGGGCCACAAACAAUUCCAGCCACCUUGGUUCAGGAGCACGAAGGGAGGCUCAAAUAUCAACAAACCUUUUACCAGAAUCAUGGACGACAUAUUACCCUCUUGCUCCUGGAAAGUCGGCGGAAUACUCUAAGGAUAUCGAAACAUGGCUCAAACCACUAACUAAGGCGAAAUCGGCACAGAGUUGUGAUAUCAUCCUGGCUCUCUGCCUGGUUGUGUCUCGUGUUGGAACAGAUGUUGAAGCAGCACUGAAAGCCAUCCCUGAUGACAAGCCGACCAUUCUGGUGGUUCUGCACCAUACCUUUGAACCUGAUCAUGUAGUACCAGACAGCAGUAGGUUUACCAAAAGGGAUGACAUGCUCAUUGUGGACUGUCUGUUUAAUGAGGAUGAUGGAUUAUUGAGAUGUGAAAGAAAUGGCACUGCACAAUCUACAAUUCUGAAAUGGAUCAGCGCAAAGGUUCCUUGUCCUCAAGUGAGCCGAUUUGGUAGGUUUCUACCACGAAGUAUGACUACAGGAUGGUAAAGCAAAGUUUGCAGGUGUCCACUACAAGAACACAAAGGUUUCUUCCCUCAAUCUUUCAGAGGUCCUGAUGUCUAUUAGGUGAUUUGAAGGGCCUUGGAGGGCCUUGGAGGAUUCCAUGAUCAUCUUGUUCUCAUGGAAAUUGUUUGGCAUGAAUGGAUUAAAAUAAUGUCUAAUCUUGAUGAUCCCAUGAUCAUCCCGUUCUUAAUAAUAAUCCUGUCAUCAAAGAAUUUGUGUGUUAUAUAUACUAUAGAAAAUAUUACAUAUGUGCCCAAACUUUGGAAUGAUGCUCCAUGCCUUUUUUCACUCUAAAUGAUAUACUAAUACAAAAAUAAUGUGCUAACCUGCUUAAAAUGUUGAAAAGACCGUUUCAUCUUUAACUUGCAUGCCACUGUCUAGCAAGGUAUCUAAACUUGUGUAUAUGGUGUAGUGGAACAGAUGAACAGCUACACAGUUCUCUUGCAUACAAACCACGACCCAGAGCGAUAAAAACUAAGUAAGUAUCACACAGUAUGCCACAAAACACAUGUUGUGGCUCCUGACAGCAGAGCCUACACACAACAUUUGGAGCGAGCAUGGCAGACAUUUCAGGUGGAAAUACUGGCUCAGCCGGCACCACAGAUUUCACAUAAUAGGCCGUCUAUUACAUGACGUUAGGAAAUAGGCUGUCCAUAAAUGUUAAACUCAAAUUAGCUCUCAGUAUUCAUGCUCCACAUGUAAAAGGUGGGUGGACUGUAGUUAUAGGUUUGUUGAAGUCACUUUGAUAAUCUUCAGGACAACAUUGUUGUAUAAUGUUUAGAUAUAAAUGUUUAACCAGUAGAUUAACACUGAAUCUACCUCAAUUGCUUUCAGUACUUUUUAUCUUGGCCGUUCACAUGCUGCUACAGUGAUACGCUAGCUUUAUUUUAAAAAGCCUGAACUAUUGAAAUGCAGUUGGAUAGGAAUGGGAAAUCAUUUUCAUUUGGGUUGUAUUGACAUUGAGGUUACAAUAAUUUGGUUGCACUGGUUUUAUUUUCUGCACAAAUUUUUUUUAUUGAAAUUCAUGUUGCCUUAAUAAUAAAAAAAAUUCUGAGCAAAAUGUGUCUCACUUUAUUUAGAGCCAAGAAAUAUAUCUUCUUCUUACAAGUUCUUAUAAUUUGUCUAUAUUAUUUUACGCCAGCCUAUGAUAUUUCAUACUGGUAUGGACAUUUUCAUACUUUACUUAAGGCUAGCAGAGACAUGCUAUGUAAUAUUAAAAUGACUAUAAGGUAU